GGACUGCGAGCUUAGACCUGUCUGCAGAAGGAAAGAGAAACGCACGCACGACCGCUCUACAGCCCCGCCCCAGCGCUUUCAGCAGUCAGUCACGCAAUGGUACGCAUGAAUGCAUUUUCGACACACCUACGGCUGCCGAUGGCGAAGAGGCAGAUGUGCGUUCCGCAUGGCCAAGUGUGAUUUUGCUGCUCUGUGGCUGCUGCUGCUUCAGAGUGGUGCGGCCAAGAGGUUCCUCCCGCUGCUGGAUCGUGUGCUGGUGCAGAAGCUCAAGGCUGAAACGCAGACCAAAGCAGGGAUCUUCCUCCCCGACACCGCUAAGGGACCGUCAAACCUUGCCAAGGUCACAGCGAAGCGAACACCGUACUGAUGUGGCAGAUGAUGAGAGCAAGGGCAUGUGUGGCUGUGUGGCUGUGUGGCUGUGUGGCUGUGUGUGUCUUGAUGAUAGGUGUUGGCAGUGGGGACAGGGAAGAUCACCAAGGAGGGCGCGACGGUGCCGUGCAGCGUCAAGGAGGGCGACACGGUGGUGAUCCCCGAGUACGGCGGCAUGACCAUCAAGAUCGAGGGCGAAGAGUUCCACGUUUUCCACAACGAAGACCUCAUCGGGGUCAUGAAGGACUGACCGACUUGAUGUGAUGACCCUCACUGGUCGGUUGAUAUGGGUCAGUGCAUGCAUUUCCGUUGUCGUGAGACCGUGGCCGUGCUGCUGCGUUCUGCCUUCCUCCUUCCUCUUUUUAAUGAUGACUAACUGACUGACUGACUGAACGACUGACUGUCUGAUUGACUGACGGAGGCGGUGGUCACCGACCCCGCUGCUGCGUGUGCCUGUUGUGGUCGGGUAGCUCUGCUGCACACAGCACAGCACAGCACGACGG